AUGGAAAUCUUGCUGGUAUUGAUACUAACCGAUGAAUCAGAGCAAGCCCCCGAGCAAGCGGACGAUGCAAUCGAGCACAUGUGCUUCCUGACUGACGCCAACCGCCUGUACGACCAUGCGCUGGGUCUUUACGAUCUCGAGCUCACGCUGCUGGUCGCUCAGCAAGCUCAAAGGGCAAGUUCUACACUUGAACCCUCGCAACUUGCAAUGCUAACUGUAUUCAGGAUCCCCGAGAAUACGUUCCAUUCCUGCGGAAGCUUCAGCAGGCCCCCGAAACCCGACGUCUUUUCGAAAUUGACAAUUACCUGGCCCGGCAUAGCAAGGCUAUCAAACAUCUUCAUACGCUCAACGCUCACGACGAGCUUCGGGCAUACGCAAUCAAGCACGUCCUUUACAAGGACGCCAUCGACCUCUACAAGUACCAGCCUGAGCAACUACACGACAUCACCAACACCUAUGCCGACUACCUUUACGACGAAUCGAAGUACAAGGAAGCAGGCAUCGGUAGGAUUUCCUCUUCAUUGA